GUAAUUAAAUUAAAAUAUAUAAGUGUAUUUUUUAUUAGUUGCGUGAUAUUUUGAGCACGGCCGGGCACACACCACCCCCUCUUAAUUAUUCUAUUCCGCGUGUAAUUCGUGAUGAGGAAAGAGAAUUUGCUGAAAUGUAUAGAGGUCAAGGUCAUGUAUCCGAUCACUAUAUUGCGCCUGGUGGGUUAUCAAUGGCUCGAAGAGAUACAAUAAUGAAUUCAAGCAUUAAAUUGCCUAGUAAUUUUAUUUCUGACGGGACAUUGUGUGGACCUUGCAAUAUGGAAUUCGCCCCACAGCAAAAUAUUAUUAUUUUACAAUGUAAUCAUAAAAUCCAUCGCAAAUGUUUUUGGAAUUUAUCACGAAAUUUUAAUUUUUGUCCGUUAUGUCGUCAAGAGAUGGGGCCUAGGACUGAAAAUAACGAAUAG